UCACAUGACAGCUGCCUGGCCACGCCAUGGCGGAAGCCGGGGAGAAGGAAACCAGGUCUAAUGAGGAAUCAACAGAUGAAUCUGAGGAAGAUGAGAGUGAAGAAGAACCUAAGCUCAAGUAUGAACGGCUUUCUAAUGGAGUGACUGAAAUUCUCCAGAAGGACGCAGCCAGCUGCAUGACAGUGCAUGAAAAGUUUUUGGCACUGGGAACACAUUAUGGCAAAGUUUAUUUACUUGAUGUCCAGGGGAACAUCACACAGAAGUUUGAUGUUAGCCCAGUAAAGAUAAAUCAGAUCAGCCUGGAUGAAAGUGGAGAACACAUGGGUGUUUGCUCAGAAGAUGGGAAGGUUCAAGUGUUUGGAUUAUAUUCAGCAGAAGAGUUUCAUGAAACGUUUGACUGUCCUAUUAAAAUUGUUGCUGUUCAUCCUCAUUUCGUAAGAUCCCACUUCAAGCAAUUUGUAACAGGAGGAAAGAAGUUGCUGUUAUAUGAAAGAGGCUGGAUGAAUAGAUGGAAGCCUUCGGUUUUACAUGAAGGGGAAGGAAAUAUCAGAAAUGUAAAAUGGAGAGGGCACUUAAUUGCUUGGGCUAAUAAUAUGGGCGUGAAGAUACUUGACAUGAUCUCCAAGCAAAGAAUUACUAAUGUGCCUCGAGAUGACAUAAGCCUUCGCCCAGAUAUGUAUCCCUGCAGCCUUUGCUGGAAGGAUAAUUUAACGCUGAUUAUUGGCUGGGGAAAUUCAGUAAAGAUUUGCUCAGUAAAAGAACGUCAUGCCAGUGAAAUGCGUGACCUACCAAACCGCUACGUGGAAAUAGUUUUCCAAUUUGAGACCGAAUUCUACAUCAGUGGACUUGCACCUAUCUGUGACCAGCUUGUUAUACUUUCGUAUGUGAAGGAGAUCUCCGAAAAAACGGAAGUGGAGUGUUGUGCAAGGCCUAGACUCGAUAUUGUACAACCCCUACCUGAGUCCUGUGAAGAGAUCUCUUCUGAUGCUCUAACAGUACGAGGAUUUCAGGAAAAUGAAUGUCGUGAUUAUCAUUUAGAAUAUUCGGAAGGUGAAUCACUUUUUUAUAUCAUCAGCCCAAGAGAUGUGGUUGUGGCUAAAGAGCGGGACCAAGAUGAUCACAUUGACUGGCUUCUUGAAAAGAAGAAAUACGAAGAAGCUUUGAUGGCAGCUGAGAUCAGUCAGAAAACCAUAAAAAAGCACAAGAUUUUGGACAUUGGCUUAGCCUAUAUAAAUCACCUGGUGGAGAAAGGAGAGUAUGACCUUGCUGCUCGAAAGUGCCAAAAAAUCCUUGGCAAAAACACAGAACUCUGGGAAUUUGAAGUUUACAAGUUUAAAGAAAUAGGUCAGCUUAAAGCAAUUAGUCGUUACUUGCCAAGACGAGAUCCAGUUUUGAAACCUCUGAUCUACGAAAUGGUCCUGCAUGCAUUUUUGGAAAGUGACUAUGAGGGCUUUGCAACCCUAAUAAAAGAGUGGCCUGGAGAUCUGUACAACAACACAAUCAUAGUUCAAGCUGUAGUGGAUCACCUGAAGAAAGAUCCACAGAACAGGACUCUGCUAAGAACGCUUGCAGAACUGUACACUUAUGAUCAGCGCUAUGGCAGAGCCCUAGAAAUCUACCUAACUCUGAGGCACAAAGAUGUCUUCCAGUUGAUCCACAAACACAAUCUCUUCAGUUCUAUCAGAGACAAAAUUGUUCUGCUCAUGGAUUUUGAUUCAGAGAAAGCGGUAGACAUGCUUUUGGAUAAUGAAGAUAAAAUUUCCAUUGACAGAGUUGUUGAAGAAUUAGAAAACAGGCCUGAGUUACAGCAUGUGUAUUUACACAAGCUUUUCAAAAGAGACCACCAUAAAGGCCAGCGAUAUCAUGAGAAACAGAUCAGCCUUUAUGCUGAAUAUGAUCGACCAAACUUACUUCCAUUUCUCAGAGACAGCACACACUGCCCACUGGAGAAGGCUCUUGAAAUCUGCCAGCAGAGGAACUUUGUAGAAGAGACAGUCUAUCUUCUGAGCAGAAUGGGUAAUAGCCGCAGUGCCUUGAAGAUGAUAAUGGAAGAAUUGCAAGAUGUAGAUAAAGCUAUUGAAUUUGCCAAGGAACAAGAUGAUGGAGAACUUUGGGAAGAUCUCAUUCUAUAUUCUAUUGACAAACCACCUUUUAUUACUGGUUUGUUGAACAAUAUUGGAACUCAUGUUGAUCCUAUUCUUUUGAUCCACCGCAUUAAGGAAGGCAUGGAGAUUCCUAAUUUGAGAGACUCACUAGUGAAAAUUCUUCAAGACUACAACUUGCAGAUCUUGCUGCGGGAAGGUUGCAAAAAGAUACUCGUUGCCGAUUCUCUUUCUUUAUUGAAGAAAAUGCAUCGAACUCAGAUGAAGGGUGUUCUAGUGGAUGAGGAGAAUAUCUGUGAAUCAUGUCUGUCUCCAAUACUUCCUUCAGAUGCGUCCAAGUCCUUCAGUGUGGUAGUGUUCCAUUGCAGACACAUGUUUCACAGAGAGUGCCUACCCGUAUCUAAUACAGUAUCUUCUGUCCAGUUCUGCAAUAUAUGCAGUGCCAAACACCGGGGACCAGGAAGUGCAGUCCUGGAGAUGAAGAAAUAGCAGUGGCCUCGUUCUCCAUGUCAGUCAGUGACACCAAAUCUGUUAGGAUCAUGUAGAGCCACUGUAUUUUUCCAUUAGACAUCAUUUCUGUAUAUAACUUUGUGAUUUGAAAGUGGUUCCUGUAGUUUAUCCUGUUUAUUGAAUAUCUUGGAUAAUGAGAAAAUGUGAAAAUCUUUCUCUGGUAAUCUUUGUUAUGCAAUUCAUAUGUCAUGGUUCCUUUGCUCAGCUUGUUAUUUCAUUCUGGAACAAAAAAAAAAAUAAAAUGGGUAGAAAAAAAC